AUGACGACAUACCAAGCUUAUGGCACCGAGACUACAGGUAGUCAAGUCGUGAGUGACUUCUCUGACCAAGUCAAGGGCAAGAUAGUCGUCAUCACUGGUGUAUCGCCAAAAUCUCUCGGACAGAUGCUAGCAACAAACAUUGCGCGACAUCAGCCCGAACGCAUCAUAUUUGCUUCUCGCACUUCGUCAAAGCUCGACACCGUCGCUUCCGAAGUUAAGAAGUCCUCGCCAAACGUCAAGGUGGACACUGUGAUUCUGGACCUUUCGUCACAAGCUUCCAUCAGAAAAGCAGCCGAACACAUCAGCAAACUCGUCGACCAAAUCGAUAUUCUCAUCAACAAUGCUGCAGUCGUAGACUCUGAAUUACGCCAUACGGAGGAAGGCAUCGAAAUGCAAUUUGGUGUCGGCCACAUUGGUCACUUCUUGUUCACCAAUCUAUUGAUGCCGCUGCUCGAGUCCUCGGCCAGAAGCUCCAAGGGAGCCACCAGAAUCAUCAAUGUGUCAUCCAAAGGUCAUCACAUCGGUCCCGUUCGUUUCCACGACUAUAAUUUCGAAGGCAAGGAAGUGCCUGAAGAAGAACAACCGGGAGAUGCUCGACUUAAACAAGUCCCGGGGUAUAAUGUUUGGGUGGCUUAUGGCCAAACCAAAUCAGCCAACAUCUUGUUCUCGCUGGCUUUAAACGACAGAUUCGGCGCAAAGGGUAUCUGCAGUUACGCCAUGCAUCCUGGAGCCAUUCAGACUGAUCUUUCUCGCUCCCUGUCUCCGCAAGACGCCGCCUUCCUCGAGAGAAUUGUUGAUGGAAGCUGGAUCACGUUGGAUCAAGGCACUUCGACGAUUUUGGUUGCGGCUCUUGAUCCUGCUCUCAGCAAACCACAGGAGAGUAUCUAUCUGAGUGAUUGUCAGUUUGCUGAUGCGGAACCUUAUGCACGCGACUUGGAUAUUGCGAAUAGAUUGUGGACCUUGAGUGAAAAGCUUACUUCGCCUCGGCAGCAUCUCUAA